AUGGAGCCAUCGAAUGAACCUCCUCUUGACGCGUCAGUAAUUCCACCAGAGCCUCGUUCAGUUUUGCUUCGAUCAGGGUCAUCGUCAAGGAUAGAACACCGUCAACGCUUGCAUAGCUGGUUGGAAGAUCAUGUCCAACGAUGCGACCAUGACCAACCCUCCAAUCAUACCUUGUCAUCCCCUGGUGUCCAUGAUGAAGAAAACGACGUUUUUGAUGCUCCACAAUCAGGUGUGAAUGACAACAACAACAACAGCAACAACAAUCAUGGCAGUAGUCGAGGUGCAUGUGACAAUCAAUCAUCCCAUGGAUCUUCUUUAUUUGACUCGGGCAAUGAUGGAUCACAACAACAACAACAACGAAUAUCAUUAUCAGAAACAAAGAACCAUGCCCACAGCUCCCAUUCGCGACAAAGCAUCGAUGAUCUAUUAAGCGAUGAGGGAGAUCCAUGUAACAGCAAAAAAAGUCAUACAGCACCAGCAUCAGUAUCAACACCAACACCACCUGCUGUUCCUGAUCGAGAGGAUGAUGAUGCUGACACAGUCCAGUAUAGCCCAAACAGCACACCACGUGAAGAACAAGACGACGAUGCUUCAACCAUUCCUUAUAAUCCAACCAGCCCUUCCACACACAACGAUGAUGAAGUUAAUGCUGUUCCUUGUAAUCCUAUUCAUUCAACCACGAGCAAACAUGAUCAACCAGCAAUGCAACAACCCACUCCACUUUUGCAAACCAAGACAUCAACACCUCCACCAACAUCGCUUUUUGAUUCUUUUGACGACGAUGAUCUUUUUGACGAUGAGGACACUAACGAUAUCAAUAUCAAUCACCACCAACAACAACAGCAAAACAAUCAUAUCCAAGGGAUCGCAUGUUCACCCAACAGUGGUAGUUUGAAUCUUUCUGAUUUGGAAGAGGAAGAGGAAGGAGAUCAAUCAUCCAGGAAGAAGCUAUCACAACAACCAUUGCAACGAUUCUUUUCAGUGACAACAAACAAUUCACCCUUAUCACCAUCAUCAUUAUCCUUUAUACCCAUGUUGAACAAUCAUCAAGAUAACACGCUACGACGAAAGAGUACUGAAGAUGAUAUUUUCUCAUCCAUGUCUUCUUUAUCGACUGCAAAGAGCUUUUCCAGCAACAACAACAGCCCAAUGUCUUCUCGUCAAUAUCCAACAUCACUCGCAUUCACACCUUCACCUUUUGCCAAAAAGACAAUCGAUCACCCCAUUAUUCAUACGAUACCAACAACAUCAACAUCCCCCUCCUAUUCCUCAUCCUCCUCCUCUUUACGUCCACAUCGAUAUGGUCUCAGCAGGCGAUCUCGAGGACAACAGCCAUCGUUAUUUGAUGUAUCCAAAGGACUUGAGCAAUCUACUUCACAAUCCACUUGUCCUGGGCGAAAAAAGACACGAUUAGGCUUAAGACCACCACCACCUUCAUCACAAAAAUAG